AUGGGGCGUGCCCAACGUCCUCCAUGUUUCCAGUGCCGAUGUCGCAAGGUCCGCUGUGAUCGUCGACCUGGAUGUUGCGAUAACUGCGAGCGUUUGGACUUCGCUUGCUCAUUCAAAAAGAACACUUCCACUCUCACAAACCGUCGACCUAGCCCCAAAGAGACGGUUCAAAAUCGCCCUGAGCGGCGACGGGGAACGCAAGCCUGUAUUGAAUGCCGUCGACAAAAGGCACGCUGUUCCGGUGAAUUUCCUGAGUGCGCAAAUUGCCGUCGACGCCAGCGGUCGUGUCAAUACCCAGUCAACCAGUCGAACAACAUGGCUGACAACCUUGUGGAAGUCACACAACCAGAACAAGUUCCAAAUGAUACUUCAACUACGACAAGUUAUAAACUUCUAGAAAGUAUCAAUGUCUUUUUUCAACAUCUCUACCCGAUUCCGUCGUUUGCUUUUCUCCAUGAGCCUACAAUCCGUCAGCAAUACGAGAGUGGCACUUUGGACCACAAUCUUGCCACGUCAAUCACCACCACAGUGGGUUUAUGGCUUCCAAGAGGUGAAAAUUCAUUGGAUAAAAUCAGUCGUCGCAUCGAAUCUGUGGAACAAAGCAUUUGGAGCCAACUUGAUAGACCCUGUAUUCGUGACCUGCAGUGCUUGAUGCUUUUAGUUCACUGUCAUAUCCAUCUCGGACGCUUCUCUCGAGCCUAUAUGCUUGCAGGACUUGCCGGUCGAGCAGUCACUGCGUUAAGACUGAACUACGAACGACCAGAACUCAGCUUCAUUGCUCAGGAAACACGGAGGAGGGUAUUAUGGGCGCUGACAUCAAUCGAUGGCUUCUUCUCCGUCGGACUCCCAGAAUACGAAACUAUUCCGCAUUCGAUAAUAUACCAACGACUCCCUAGCUCCGAAGAAGCUUUUAGGGAUGGAAAUUCCCCAGCCCAGCCAACAGUUCGCCGAUCAUCCUUGAUCGCUGCUCCAGCUGAAUACGGGGGUCUACUCGCGGAUUGUAUUCAGCUUUCCAGGAUCUCAAAAGACAUAAUGCGGCUUACGCGGCAACUCGCCUUAUCUGAGCAACCGUUGAUGCAACUAGGGGGCCUCAUACAAGAAAUACAAAAUGAUUUGCUGCGAUUCCAAUCGGAUGUGGAACUCUCUGUUGGUCAUAAAGUCGCGACACUUGCCAAUGCCAAUGAUAUGGCGCAUUCUAGGUGGUUCCCCCGCAUCCUUCAGGUGACGGCUACCUGGCAUCAGGCGCAUUGCGAUCUAUAUCGACUUUUUCUUCCAAACUAUCAAGCAGUUGCCCCUCAGGUCAUCAUGGACACGAUUGAACCGAGUCUAAAAGAUCACGCCCUGAUGCAGUGCGAGGAACACGUCCAACAUAUCAACCACAUUAUGCAAGAACUAUUACACUUACCCGAGGAUCAAAUCUUACCACGAUACAUCGCAGUCUGCGCCUACCAUGCAACGAGGCUGAGUCUCUUCCUUGCAACCUCUCCUGAUUGGAAGGUGCAAACAGAUACGGUGACGGCCAUCAAAAAUGCCGAAAUUUCUUUGAGUGUCUUACAAAAGUUCUUUUCCAAUGUACCUUUCACUGAAAGGAUCAUUCAGGAUAUGCAAGACCUGGUGCGACUAUGUCAUGAUCGACCCGGGGCAAUAUACAAAGAAUUAUGCUCCCCGUCCCCGCCAUUUGAUCAAGGCCGUCACCGGCAUAGUCAUUUGGCUGUGCAUAGCUUAGUACGGCAGGCAAACUUCGUGGACGAUGGGUAUGAUGAGUCUUACAAUGACUCAGUGAGUUGA